CGGAGCUGGGGUGAGAUCCCGGGGCUAAUUUUCUCUCUGCACUAUUCCCAGAAUCCCAGACACAAAGCUGCGUUACAUGAGUCAACUAUAAAUUAAGUCCUGCCACUAUUUGGUAAUGCCAGGUGGUUGAUGGAGUAAAACGUCUUGUGUACGUGAUGUGAUGUUUCUCUUUGUGAGUAGACUGUAGUUGGCAGACAGAAGACAAUGGAUGCUUUGGAUAAUUCAAAUUUCCCAACCGCCCAAGCCAUGUCGUCGAUUCCUGCGGCACCCUCUGCCCUUCCUCCAAAUCCCAGUGCUUUACGAACUCCGCCCAGUGUUACAAUACCAGUACCAACCAGGAGUGGUUUGACAGGGGCGUCGUCCUCCAAACCAGGGCGCUAUGAAGCAGGGGUAGACACCACACCCCUUACCCCUCCCAGCUCCUCACACAAUCUUCAGCUGGUAUUUGAUUCCAGUAAAAUCUAUGAUAACCAUCCCAGGAAGUACAGAUUACUUUUAGAAAUUGACAAGGAUAAUAGCGUCAAUAGCAAGAACAUUUCCAAGUCAGCACCGUCUACUACCAAUGCUACUGCUACCCAGCAACCCUCCCCUCCAUCUGUCACUGUUGAAGAUGGGCAAGUCAUAGCCAUGGGCGCAACAAGCAGUGGUCCAUCAGCUGGUCCGAGCCCCACACCUGAUCCAGCAGCUGCACAACCAAAGUCGUUACCCACCUCAGGAGCCCCGUUCACACUCUCUGAAGCAGUCUCAUCCCUUGCUAUCAAGAAAGAAAAAGGUGAAUCAAAGUAUGUACCUCAGGAGUUUCUGAAAACCUUCAAAGCAGCCACAACUCUUGGUCCUCCAUCAGAUCAUAAAAAUCAACGAAGAUCAGGAUCCUAUUCGGGCCCGUCAUCUUCGUCUGCAGAGAUCUCCUCAGCGGUAGGCAUACCGAGUUCAGGGAUUGUCCGAGAAAGCAUGGCACCACUACCAAAAAUUGUUACUCCAGAAAGCUGUGGAGCAAAUGCCCCAGCUGGAUGCACCGUCUUGCAACCGGAACCCCGUCGUCUCUUUGGCUUUGGACCCCUCUACCGCCCUCUCCCAGAAACCGUCUGUGCCACUGGUGGGCGUCGCCAGAGCAGCCCCACCCUCCAUGUGCCUGGGGAUCUGUCAGAUGCUGUGGGUAGGGAAGGAAUUACUGGGGCGGGAUACUCAGGAGCUAGGAGGGCCAGUGAUUGCCCUGAUGGGGUUGCUCCAGGAACCGAUGGACACAAGAAAAAGAGCCCCACCCCUGCAGAACUCAAUGUGUGGCUUGGAGGAUCAUUCUAGCAGGACGCAAGAAAGGGGUGUGCCCUAUUUAGAUCAUCGGGGUGGGGAAUCUCUGGCAGUAUUGCCAUUCAGGGUAUUGGCAAUCGGGGUGCUUCAGAAGAUUGCUAUAACACUCCUCUAAGAACAUGCUGGCAGACGAGUCAAAUGAUGUGAUAGGACACUAACCCUACUUAAUAUAACGUCAGCUUUUCAACUUCUUGCACCUACAUUUACCUUGGCCAUUGCACAGUGACAUCUGUAAAAGAGACAUUGCAGAGUACUUUAUUUGAAGGAAGGAAUUCUUCUACCUUGUCUGAGUACAUUACUUGGUUUUGAGUGUAGGGCCAUUUGAUGAAUUUCUUGCAGAAGGAUAUGAAUGACUGGAAGUGGGACUCCAGCUUUUGACCCAUUUAUUUGAAGUCCAGAGUUACUCCAUGAUGCUUCCACACAAUAGUUUAUAUUGUAUCUAUAUUAUUUCAGGUUUGCUGCCAUCUUCAGCCCAAAAUAUGACAUUUAGUCCAUUGUUAUUUCUCAUGUACCACCGACUACAUUAGCUGAACAUGGUGAUACUAAAGCUACAGUGGAGAGACAACUCCCCAUUUCAUCUUUGCAGAUAACAAGAGAAAUGCAUUGCAUAUCAUAGUGGAUUAUUAUCAUGCCCUACCUUGAUAAUUCACAAGAAUUUUUUUUGUAUCCCAGCUUUAAUUUCUUGCCAUGAAAUCUGAUGCUACUUUUAAAAAGUAUUAUGGAUUAUAAAUCACUAACAAUUCUAUUAAAAUUGUCUACCUCUCUCUACAAUUUAAUUUGUCCAAGAUUA